CAGGGUCCAGCCUCAUUGGAUGGAUAUUAGUUGCGGUUGAUGAACGGGUAUAGAUGUUAUGCUACCAACGCGGUUAAUAUGCCCUGUAUCUUGCAGCUUUCCUGAUCUUGGCAUCAUGGAGAAGGCAACUACCAUCUAUGGUGAGAUAUCUCAUGGGUGCGUCUUAUUUUAAUAUAGGCAAUCAUGACAUGUGGCAGGAGGCCAUGGCAGACCAAAAUGGACUACAUCCCCCAGGUCCCAGACUUCUAUAAAUACUCCAGUUUAGACGCAUCGCCUAGGACCAGCCUCACAACGCGAAGACCUCAAUUGAUCCAACCACCUGCAUCAGUCGACAAGCCUCAAAGAUGAAGUCAGCUACGUUGACGGCCUUGCUGGCUGCUACUGUGGCGGAAGGCCACUACGUCUUUUCCCAACUCAUCGUCAACGGCGAGGCAGUCGGCCAGGAGUAUACGUACAUCCGCAAGAACAGCAACACGAUCAUGCCGACGUUGCCCUUGAUUGUCGACUCUCCGGACCUGCGAUGCAACCUGGGCGCCAAGCCGGGCAAUACUACCCAGACGUACGCCGUCAACGCGGGGGACACGAUCAGGUUCAAGGUCGGGGGCAACAGGAUCAUCGAGCAUCCCGGUCCGGGUUUCGUGUAUAUGUCGAAAGCGCCGGAGGGGACGGGGGUGGCCUCGUACGACGGCUCGGGAGACUGGUUCAAGGUGUACGAGAUCGGGCUCUGCGACCCGAGCACCCCGGGCAACGACGCGUCCUGGUGCGCCUGGGAGAAGGACCACAUCGAGUUCACCAUCCCCAAGCAGAUCCCCGCCGGCGAGUACCUCGUCCGCGUCGAGCACAUCGGCAUCCAUGACGCGUUCGUGGGGCGCGCACAGUUCUACAUGGAGUGCGCGCAGCUCAAGAUCGCUAGCGACGGGUCCGGGACCCCUGGCCCAUUAGCCAAGAUUCCCGGCAUCUACAAAGCUACCGACCCCGGUAUCGAGUUCGACAAGUGGAAUAACCCCAAGGCUAACUCAUAUGUCAUGCCGGGACCUGCUGUCUGGCAGCCGUAAAAUUAACACUCAAGAGGUACAUAUGUUUGGCUCUUUAUUAGUUGACUUUCUUUGGAACUGAAAAGGUUGUGUUAGAAGGUUACCUCAAGACACUCUGCCUAUAUGAUUCUAUGGAGAUGCUGGGGACUUUCUUGUUAGUCCUAGAUUAAAUCAUAUAGCAUCUCUUCACAUAUAUGUACGUCGCAUUCCGUCCAGAAUCUCAAAGACCCGGUACAUUGGUCGUGGGAUGAGAUGGUACUUGACAUGCUGUCAUAUACAAUAUACAAUACUAACUGUGAAUAACAAGUGCUAUCUUUCCAUA